AUGGAAAGUAAUGGAGGAACUAUGGAAGCAAAAAAUAAAAAAUGGCUUAGUACCAAGUACCCACAUAUCGUAUUUGAAGACAAUGAAGUUGGACGAAUGAAGAAAGAGCUGUUUGAAGCUCCAAUGUCUGAAAUAGAUAGAAUAUUGGAAGACUACGGUAUACCUUCACCGUCAGAGUUAGGUAAAGGCGGAUCUUACAUACAAACAACACCUCGGUAUGAAACAAUAGAGAAACGAAGAAAAAACGAUGUCCUGCUUAUUCCUAUAGGAUGUUCUGAGAAUCACGGCGACCAUGCAAACACUGGGCUAGACACAUUUAUGGUCACACAGAUCUGCGAAGCUGUGCGAAGAAAAUCAAUAAAACAAGGUUGCGAAGUCAAUAUCACGCUUCCCCCUCUCAAUUUUGGAGCCCACCCCUAUCAUCAUAUAGGAAUGCCUGGCACAGUAAUUAUCCCAUCCGAAACAGUAAAAGAAAUGCUUAUCUAUACAAUGCUGGGGUUUUGGAACGACGGCUACAGAAAGAUGGUAUUGAUUAAUAAUCAUGGUCAUUUAUGGGUACUAGUAGAUGCUAUUCAAGAAUUUAUGAAGAGAUUUCAACUUCCUGCCAUAGUACAAGUCAUAGACUGGCAUAGAGCAGUGAGGGAAUUCUUUUAUCCUACAGACGAGGAAGACAGCCUGUCUACACACUUUAUACACGCAGCAGAAGCAGAAACUUCUGUAGCAAGAUUGUUGUUUGAUGAGAUGAUCAAUAUGGACUAUGUUAAGGAUGCACAGGGAGAACAAUUCCUUCCUGAAGGACAUUUUGAUUUGUCUGUAGAUCCGUAUAGAAGACCACAUAGAUGGUCGGAAGGAGAGGGUCAUUUUGCAAUAGAACGAUACGCAACACCAGAAGGUGUAGUGGGCACCCCAAGUAAAGGAGAGGCAAGAAAAGCUAAAAGGCCUAUUGCGGCAAUACUGAAGUAUCUUACUAUGACUGUGGAUCAUAUAUUGCAAACAUUUCCUGCAGGUGUAUUACCUGAUAUACAAAAAGUCUCUAAUAGAGACUUAAAAGAAUUAGAAGCAUUUUUGAAGGAGCCGUGGGCUGAAGGGUGGAAAUCUGUAUAUGAACUCCCCCAGGUUGGUCCAUUUCAUAAAAACUAA